AUGAAUCUUCGGCUCCAACUUCUUCACUUUGUGGUUGCCACUGCCUUCUACAACACUGCUUUUGCAGAAGUCUUUGGUUACGUGGCUUACAAUGACAGCUCCAAGUGUGUUGCUUAUAAAGCCCUGCCUGCAUGCUUUGGGCCACGACUCCCGGCAGAAGGGCUGACAGGGUAUUUAACGAGGGUGAUACCACCAAAUGCUUGCCAUGCUAUAGAGAAUCCUCCAGCACUAAGAAAGGCCUCCGAGAUGUAUAUUGCACUCAUACAGGGGUAUGACUGCUCUUUUGUCAAGAAGGUCCUUCACGCCCAGCAGGCUGGAUACCAAACCGCUGUUGUGUACAAUGUGGAUUCAGAGCAACUGAUUACCAUGAUGGCUGAUGACAAAGAAAUCCAGCAGCUGAUUAAAAUACCAUCACUCUUUACCGGACAGUCAGUCUCCCUCCACUUGCAAAGGACUUUGCAAUGCGAGAAGAGGGCAUACAUCAGACUUCUACCACCCAAAUACUAUUUGAGUCCUUGUCAAGACAACGUUAAAAUGCUGCAGGAAACUUUCACCAUGCAAGAUUUCAGGGACAUAUUCUACGUCAUUAUUGCCACUAUCUCAGUUAUGGUUGGCUUAAGCUGGUACAAGAGGGCUUGCAAGAUAAAGCUGCACACAUACAAGCAGGGAGACAAAUACGAGACCUGUGUGAUCUGCAUGGCAGAGUACAAGGAAGGGGAUUGCCUGAAGAUCCUGUCCUGUUCCCAUGCUUAUCACAGUGCCUGCAUUGACACCUGGUUCAAUACCCAGCCUGGGAAGAAGACAUGUCCCUUCUGCAAGCAGGGGGUGAACACCUAUGGGCAGGCUGGUGAAGAUGUGAAUGAGGAAGAACAGGACCAUGAAGACAAUGCAUUGAGAGAAGGGCAUGAAGAUGAAUAUGUUGAAGAGGAGAAAUAUAAUGCAAGCACAGUGGAAGGGGAAGGGUUUGAUGCACUGGAGAAAAGCACCAUUUGA